GCAGUUGAAAGCUCAGACGCCGGCUCACAGCCCUUCAGCAGUGUGGCACGGCCCUUCCUUCUAUGCAUCCGCCAGGAGUCUACAGAGCUGGGCACAGAGGGGCCUACGGACCUUUGGCCAACCGCGAAGAUCUGGUGCACAGAUGAGCGUUUGCUUUGGGGACUCUGUGACCAAAGCUCGUAAACCUUCCAGCGUGUUGUGCUCAGCCUCAGAAGUGCCCAGGUACCUGUGUCUGCCUUCCACCCCCAAGCCCCCACUCUACCUCAGUGAUGAGAUACAGGGACAAACAGUCAGGGAUGGCAGCAGCUGGGGGACCAGACUGUCUCCUGGUCCGUGCUGCCCUCAGGCUGGGGCUGAAGCAGGACGAGAGUCCCAGCCAGGAGCUCCAGGAGGCCCCCUGACCACACAGCCAGAUGUGCCCAGAGGUGGGCCGUUGGGGCGACUCAUUUCUGCCCCUCGCCUGGAGUCUUGA